GCUCGGAACUCGCUGUGCACGGUGCUUUUUGCUUGUUGCUAACGGUAUUUCGCGUUUGUGCCGCUGCAUGUGCGUGCAUGUGUGUGUGCGUGUGUCUGUGUGCAAAUGUGUGAAUCAGUGAGAAAAAUAAAUACAUAUGCAUAUGUAAUAUCUACAUAGAACAUUAGCUUUAACAAUUGCCGAAUUUCGCAAUUAACUAAUGCAAAAAGAAAUCGCUGCAUAACGAUAAUUAGAUUGACAAUAGCAGAGAGCAGCAGCAACAACAGCAAAGGAGCAACCGCCACAGCAGCAGCAACAAUAGUAGCAGCAGCAGCCGCAGUCGAUGUCGACGUCACCGUCACAGCGCAGCAAAAUGUGCGAGACGUAAUUCAGCCGAGGAGGAGGAACAUCAACAACAGCAAGAACAACAACAACUAGUUGAAUUUAUUGUUCAUGUGGUAGAAGCGGAAGCGGAAACGGCGCUAACUCGUAAAAUGCAUUUACACUUUGAACGCAACAUCAACACAAAAUGCGACUGCACAAUACUAUCGCUAUCCUGGAUGGGAAAGGUGCCAGAUGAUAUACCCGAGGAUGAGGGCUGGAAGCUAAAUCGCACGAACUACUAUCAGGAGGGAUGGCUGGCCACGGGCAACAUCCGCGGCAUUGUGGGCGUCACAUUUACCACCUCGCACUGCCGCAAGAACAUGGACUAUCCACUGCGCACCAACUACAAUCUGCGUGGUCAUCGUUCUGAUGUAAUUUUGGUCAAAUGGAAUGAACCGUAUCAAAAGCUCGCCUCCUGUGACAGUUCUGGCAUCAUCUUUGUUUGGAUCAAAUACGAGGGACGAUGGUCCAUUGAACUGAUCAACGAUCGCAACACGCCGGUGACACAUUUCUCCUGGUCACACGAUGGUCGCAUGGCGCUUAUCUGUUAUCAGGAUGGCUUUGUGCUUGUUGGCUCCGUGGCUGGACAACGUUACUGGUCGUCCAUGCUGAAUUUGGAGUCGACCAUCACGUGCGGCAUUUGGACACCAGAUGAUCAGCAGGUUUACUUUGGCACCACCCAAGGACAGGUGAUUGUGAUGGACGUGCAUGGUGCGAUGGUGUCACAGGUGCAGCUAUCCAAUGAUGUGCCCAUUACUUCCAUGGCCUGGUCUUGCGAGAAGUUCAAAAUGGAGGAGGGCGAGGAGGCAGAGCCUGGUGUAACCAAUGCUGCCAAGCGCUCCUUUGUGUUGGCGGUUAGCUUCCAGAAUGGAUAUAUCUAUUUGCUUAAGUCGUUUGACGACGUUUCACCCGCACAUAUCAAUACCUGCCUUAAUGGCGCCCUCGGCAUGGUCAUGGAGUGGAGCAACUCCCGCGAGCUGCUCGCCGUAGCCGGAACGCUGCGAACUGGCCAUGGCAUGAGCAUGGAUGGCAAGCUAGAGGAUCUGGCCACGCCCAGCUGCUAUAACAAUCUGGUCAAGUUUUAUACUGAAACGGGGACGUGUCUAUAUCAGGCUCACAUACCCUGCAGCAAUGCCACAGUUUCGGCCAUCACCUGGGGCCACAACGACAAGAGGUUGUUCAUUGCCACUGGGACUCAGGUGCACAUUGCCUGGGUAUCACGUCGCGUUGCUUCGCUGCAGUUGCUCUGUCGACUGCAAAUCCAGGCGAGCGUUGGUUCCGAGAUGCUGCUGCCAUUGUUGCCAUUGCCUUCUAGGAUUAAGUCGCUCAUUGGCAAUCUCUUUGCUCAAACUAUACGGUGCUGUGUACCUGAUCUGAAGUCACUGCGCGAGUUUGUCUCGCGUCCUCCAUUGUGCUCGACACGACUGCACUGCACUAUGAUACGGCACGAUGAUGACUCCAAUCUCAGUUCGGGAACAUGCUACACGCUCUACUUGGAGUAUCUGGGCGGUCUGGUACCGCUGCUCAAGGGAAAGCGCACCUCUAAGAUUCGCCCCGAAUUCGUCAUAUUUGAUCCACAAGUAAAUGAUAACUCGCUGUAUUUCCAAUACGCUGCCGAGGCGAAGAGCUCAUCGGGCUCCAGCCAAUCGACAACGACGGGCAACAGCGGACGCACUGACUCCUCCGACAGCGACUUUGAGGAGCGCUCUCGCUUCGGCUCGCCGAGGACACCUCGGAAGCGUCGGGUGCGGGCAAAGCGGCGCAAUCAGAACGGAGAUCGUGCUGCCAGUGGGAGUGGGGGCAACGAUCCCGACAGCCUCGAUGAGCUGGCCUAUAUGGAUACGCUGCCCGAGGAAGUUAAGCUGGUGGAGGUGACUUCCAACAUUUGGGGGACGAAAUUUAAAAUCCAUGGACUUGCCAAAACCGUCCCAGCCAAUUUAGGCCAAGUAACUUAUAAGACGUCCCUACUGCAUUUGCAGCCACGUCAAAUGACGCUGGUGAUCACCGAGCUGCGCGACGAUUUUCCACCUGGUCCCGAUCCCAGCUUCAAUCCGAAUCUCUUCUCUGAGGACGAGGAGGAGCACCACAAUUACAAUCAUAAUCACAAUCACAUCCACAAUCAGGAUGCAGUGCCUCAUGUGAGCGUAACGAGUGCUGCCCAGGUGGAAACGGUGGCUGCAUUGAAGCCACCCAUCAUGCCACAGCGUCGACUAAACGACGGCGCCACUGCACCACCCAUUGCUCCAAUGUCGCCACGUCCAAAUCGCAUAUUAGCGCGGCACCGGAACUCCCACUCUCUAACGGUAAACGGAGGACCCUCAGUGGGUCUCAGUCCAUUGGCACGUGCCGAGAGCUACGACGAUGACUCCUCCAACGAAUCUCAGGAGGCGGUGGCCACCGCCAACGGCAGCACGUCCACAACGGUGCUCCUGCAUCAAGCGCCCUCCAGUUGCUCCACAGCAGGAGCAGUCCCAGGUUCAGGUCCAGGUCCAGGUCCCAGUCCCAGCUGCAGUAAAAACAUUACGCGACCCAAGACAAUUACCAACUUCAAGAAUAGCUACAGCCGCUCCAGCUCCAAUUCCAGCUGCCAGUCGCGACAUGCCAUCUCUCCGCUUUACUGUGAUGGCUCCGUGCCCACGUUGCAGUCACCCAAGAAUGCAGUGGCGCCAUCGGACAUAAUAUUCGAGCGACCUGCGGUGCCAGCUGCUGGACAAACCACACUGAUGUCCUACUCCAGCAAUGCCGACUAUGCCAACAAUGUGGUGCAGGUGAAGAAUGCGCUCAUGUCGGAACCCGUCAGAUCGGCGAACAGUCAUGUGAACCCUGUGCCGUUGAAUCUCAAUUUGAAUCUGGAGCGCAUGGAUGCGAGGACAGUGAAGUGUGCGGCACCCGCAAGUUCCACAACGAAGCGCCGCGACAUGCUCUACAUCGAUGAGGAGACGCAAUCCCCGACACCCACCACCAGCACCACCAACACCACCAACACCACCAACACCACCAACAGUAACUGUAUGAAGCGCACACCAACUGUGGUUUCCAUAGCGCCAGCGUUGCCUGAUUCCAUAACCCGCAGCUGCAGCGUUGGCUACCUGGACUCGGUGGCCAUAACACCUUCGGAUGAGGCAUUGUCCGCCCUCCGCAAGGAUGCGCCUAACAAGCGUCUCAUUUUGGUGGACAAGCGUCGCAAUCGCAAUCGAAAGCGGCAGCAGCAGACGGAUGCGAGACGCCACAAGUUGCAGCAGACGGGCAAGUCAAAGAGCCUGGACUCCUGUGAUCUGUUGUCGCUGCAAACGAAGCUGUCCAGCAAGGAGCACGAGCAGGUGGUGCGUAAGCUCCAGGAGAUCUCCGACAGCAGCGCCUGCAGCAGUGCAGCCAACACGCUGUGCUUCAAGUGCCGCAACAAUAUGAAUCCUGCCAGCGCCUGCAAACGCUGUCAGCCCGUAACCAGCGCGGCUCUGGACGAGAUCACAGCCGCAUCUGCAGCCGGCGUUAUUGCUGAACCCGUCAAGGAGGCAAGUGUUCCCACAACAGCCGCGGUGCCCAGCAAACCGACGCCUAAGAAACGCUUCGACGUCAUCACCAGCUUUACGGACAGUCCGCUCUUCACGCGGAAACAUCGCUUUGGCUAUGGACGCAGUAAGGAUCUGGCAGCUGGCAGCAACACGGAGAAUUCCACGCCGUUGCUGCCACGCAAACAGGAGAACAGCUUUAGCUUCGUCAAGCAGCUGUCGGAGGUGCGUUGGAGACGUAAGGAACCCUCGCAAAGCCAGAAUCAUCUUCCGGGAGCGAGCAAUGCCAGCACUUUGGAGCGACAGCAUUCGGAGACGGGUAACGUUGCCUGCGGCACUGUGGAAGCCACGCCCGUGGAGGCCAAGGCGUCGGUGUCACUGCACACUCAGGCACUUACCACGCUGGAGAACAUCAUCAGCCGUUUGCGAGACCUGGACGAGGGUCGUUUAACGCCGCCAUCGACGCCACAGCGUUUACCACGCAGCUCGCCAGCCUCUCCAGCUGCUAGCAAGAAGAACAAGCGACAACAGAGUAACUCGCCCAUUAGACAUAUACUCAACUCGCCGCUGUUGAACCGUCGGCAACGUAAGAAACCCAGCAUCAUUGAAAGUUCCGACGAUGAGGGCAAUCAGACGAAUGGAUCCGGCGAAGAAAUGGGCAGCAAUGGCAAUGGGAGUGGCAAUGGCAAGCAGUAUCGCGAUCUGGAAACAUUCCAAAAGGCGCAACUGCGUCAGAAGCUUAAACGCGGCAAGAUCGAACCGAAUGGAAGCGCCAGUUGCGCCAAUCCUGCGCCAGUUCGUCGGGAGUUUGUGAUGCACAACAAGGCGCCCAUGUGGAACGAGAUGAGCCAAGUGUAUCAGCUGGACUUUGGCGGACGUGUCACCCAAGAGUCAGCCAAGAACUUUCAAAUUGAAUUUCGUGGCAAGCAGGUUAUGCAGUUUGGACGCAUUGAUGGCAAUGCUUAUACCCUGGAUUUCCAGUAUCCCUUCUCAGCGCUGCAGGCCUUUGCCGUGGCGCUGGCCAAUGUUACUCAGCGUCUAAAAUAAUUAGAUAUGGAUGAUGAUAU